GAAGAAAUUACCUGAUUCUUUUUCACUCCAUGGAUCAGUUAUGCGACAUUCACUUUUGAAGGGAAUUUCUGCCCAAAUAGUGUCUGCAGCUGACAAAGUAGAUGCUGGCUUGCCUACAGCAAUUGCAGUGUCGAGUCUGAUAGCAGUGGGUACAUCUCAUGGAUUGACUUUAAUAUUUGAUCAGAAUCAAGCUUUGCGACUCUGUCUGGGUAGCACUAGUGUUGGAGGUCAAUAUGGAGCCAUCUCUGCCCUCAGUAUCAACAAUGACUGCUCACGACUUCUCUGUGGCUUUGCUAAAGGACAGAUCACUAUGUGGGAUUUGGCCAGUGGAAAACUUCUGAGAUCAAUAACAGAUGCUCAUCCUCCAGGAACAGCAAUAUUGCAUAUUAAGUUUACAGAUGAUCCAACUCUUGCAGUUUGCAAUGACAGCGGAGGCUCUGUUUUUGAAUUGACAUUUAAGAGAGUGAUGGGAGUGAGAACAUGUGAAUCUAGAUGCCUGUUCAGUGGUUCCAAGGGUGAAGUUUGCUGUAUUGAGCCUCUCCAUUCUAAGCCCGAGUUAAAAGAUCAUCCCAUCACACAGUUUUCCUUAUUGGCCAUGGCAUCCUUAACAAAGAUACUGGUCAUUGGAUUGAAGCCAUCCUUGAAGGUGUGGAUGACUUUUCCUUAUGGACGGAUGGAUCCUUCCAGUGUUCCAUUGCUGGCCUGGCACUUUGUGGCAGUGCAUAAUUAUGUGAAUCCCAUGCUUGCCUUCUGCAGAGGAGAUGUUGUUCAUUUUCUACUGGUUAAGAGAGACGAAUCUGGAGCAAUACAUGUUACUAAGCAAAAGCAUCUUCACCUGUACUAUGACCUCAUCAACUUUACUUGGAUAAACUCACGCACGAUUGUGCUCUUGGACAGUGUAGAGAAGUUGCAUGUGAUUGAUCGGCAAACUCAAGAGGAAUUGGAAACGGUGGAGAUCUCAGAAGUUCAGUUGGUCUAUAAUAGCAGCCAUUUCAAAUCUCUAGCCACUGGAGGAAACGUGAGCCAGGCACUGGCUUUGGUUGGUGAGAAGGCUUGUUAUCAAUCCAUCAGUAUCUAUGGUGGUCAGAUCUUUUAUUUGGGGACAAAAUCUGUUUAUGUGAUGAUGCUGAGGAGCUGGAGAGAGAGAGUGGAUCACCUCCUGAAACAAGACUGUCUUACAGAAGCCUUGGCUCUUGCAUGGUCUUUCCAUGAAGGAAAAGCAAAGGCAGUAGUGGGAUUAUCAGGGGAUGCCAGUAAGAGAAAGGCUGUUGUUGCAGAUCGGAUGGUGGAAAUCCUGUUCCAUUAUGCAGAUCGAGCUCUAAAAAAGUGCCCAGACCAGGGAAAAAUCCAAGUGAUGGAGCAGCAUUUUCAGGAUAUGGUGCCCGUCAUAGUUGAUUACUGCCUUCUGCUACAGCGAAAGGAUCUUUUAUUUAGCCAAGUGUAUGACAAAUUAAGUGAGAAUUCAGUGGCCAAAGGAGUGUUUUUGGAGUGCCUUGAACCAUAUAUUUUAAGUGAUAAAUUGGUGGGGAUCACACCCCAGGUAAUGAAAGACUUGAUUGUUCAUUUCCAAGAUAAAAAAUUAAUGGAAAAUGUGGAAGCCCUCAUUGUACAUAUGGAUAUCACCAGCCUAGAUAUUCAGCAGGUAGUUCUUCUGUGUUGGGAAAAUCGGCUAUACGAUGCUAUGAUCUAUGUUUACAACAGAGGCAUGAAUGAAUUUAUUAGUCCAAUGGAGAAACUUUUCAGAGUCAUUGCACCUCCUUUGAAUGCAGGAAAGACGCUAACAGAUGAGCAAGUUGUUAUGGGCAACAAGCUUCUUGUAUAUAUUAGCUGUUGUCUAGCAGGUCGUGCCUAUCCCCUUGGUGACAUCCCUGAAGAUCUUGUUCCCUUGGUUAAAAACCAGGUUUUUGAAUUUUUAAUUCGCCUGCAUUCAACAGAAGCUCCCCCUGAGGAAGAAAUCUAUCCCUAUAUACGGACUUUGCUACAUUUUGACACAAGAGAAUUUCUAAAUGUAUUGGCACUGACUUUUGAAGAUUUUAAAAAUGACAAGCAGGCUGUAGAAUAUCAACAACGUAUUGUGGAUAUUUUAUUGAAAGUUAUGGUGGAGAAUUCAGAUUUUACUCCCUCACAAGUAGGGUGUCUCUUUACCUUCCUUGCCCGGCAGCUUGCAAAGCCUGACAAUACCUUGUUUGUAAACAGAACCCUUUUUGAUCAGGUCCUUGAAUUCCUCUGUAGUCCUGACGAUGACUCCCGACACUCAGAAAGACAGCAGGUCCUUUUAGAAUUGCUGCAGGCUGGAGGCAUAGUUCAGUUUGAAGAGAGUCGGCUCAUCCGUAUGGCAGAAAAGGCAGAAUUCUAUCAAAUUUGUGAAUUUAUGUAUGAACGAGAACACCAAUAUGACAAAAUUAUUGAUUGCUACUUACGUGACCCACUAAGAGAGGAAGAAGUCUUUAACUACAUUCACAAUAUCUUAUCCAUUCCUGGACACAGUGCAGAGGAGAAGCAGUCUGUAUGGCAGAAGGCAAUGGAUCAUAUUGAGGAGCUUGUGUCCCUGAAGCCCUGUAAAGCUGCAGAGCUGGUUGCUACUCACUUUUCUGAACAGAUUGAAGCAGUCAUUAAAAAACUUCAGAACCAGGUUUUGCUUUUCAAAUUUUUGAGGAGUCUUCUUGACCCAAGGGAAGGUAUUCAUGUAAAUCAAGAAUUGCUGCAGAUAUCUCCUUGUAUUACAGAGCAGUUCAUUGAGCUGUUGUGUCAGUUCAGCCCAAACCAGGUUAUAGAGACACUGCAAGUCCUUGAGUGCUACCGCCUAGAAGAAACUAUUCAGAUUACCCAGAAGUAUCAACUUCAUGAAGUCACUGCUUAUCUAUUAGAAAAGAAAGGAGAUAUUCAUGGUGCCUUCUUAAUAAUGCUAAAGAGACUACAAAGCAAACUUCAAGAGAUAACACAUCAAGAUGAAAUUUUUCUGAAUCUAGAUACCAAAGAGGAUCCCUCACUGAAGAAUGUCGAAGAAACCAUGGUGGAGACAAUUGCCCUUUGCCAGAGAAAUUCACAUAAUUUGAACCAGCAGCAGAGAGAGGCACUCUGGUUUCCAUUACUGGAGGCAAUGAUGGCACCUCAGAAGCUGUCUAGUUCAGCUGCGCCUCAUCUGCACUCUGAAGCUCUGAAAUCUUUGACCAUGCAAGUUCUAAACAACAUGGCAGCAUUUAUUGCCCUUCCAUCAAUCUUGCAAAGAAUCUUACAGGACCCAGUUUAUGGAAAAGGAAAACUUGGAGAAAUCCAGGGACUUAUUCUGGGAAUGUUGGAUACCUUUAGCUAUGAACAGACCCUGCUGGAAACAACGACUAGCCUUCUAAACCAAGAUCUCCAUUGGUCAUUGUGUAACCUGAGAGCUUCAGUCACCAGAGGACUGAAUCCCAAGCAGGAUUACUGCUCUAUUUGUUUGCAGCAGUACAAGAGACGCCAAGAAAUGGCUGAUGAAAUUAUUGUCUUUAGCUGUGGCCAUUUGUAUCACUCAUUCUGUCUGCAAAGCAAGGAGUGCACCAUAGAAAUUGAGGGGCAAACAAGAUGGACGUGCUACAAAUGCAGCUCAAUUAACAAAGUAGGAAAGUUGAGUGAAAAUUCAUCUGAAGUUAAAAAGGGAAGAAUAACCCCAUCACAGGUAAAAAUGUCCGCAUCCUGUCAUCCAUCCAAAGGGGAUUCUGCUGUUAAGAAGACCGAUACCAAGAGCAUGGCAAGUAGAAGAAACCUCUGGGACUGGACUGCCCAAGUUCACAUCUGGGCUCUGCCACCAGCCAAUGACCUUGGGCACAUUCUGCACCCAGGACCUUUGUUCCUUCAAAGGCAACCUCAGAACCUGUUCUGGAUCCACAGCAGAUCCAAGCAUUUGAUCAGCUUUGCCAUCUCUACCGAGGAAGUUCUAGGCUGGCUCUGCUUACGGAACUCUCCCAGAAGCACGGCAGUGAGAGCUGCAGGCCGUUCAGCGGCUCCCAGAGUGGCCCUGCCUUCACCAGCGUCUUCCAGAAGGAGAACUUCCAGCUACAGCUCAUACCCCCGCCUGUGACUGAGGACUGAAGACUCUCCCGGGCCUGGAGCCC